UUCAAAGCGCCUACGCCCUAGUUGAGCUAUCGCUGGUUCUGUGAAAGUACUUUGAGUGCGGAUAUGUUUAUGAUUGCAUUGCAAUCUAAAGACAUCCUAAUUCCGAGAGGUUCUUCGUAAAGUACAUUGAUGCCAAUAUGAAAUUGGUACUAAAAGCGGGUAUUGUAGGGUACAAUUUUCGAGAUCCAGAACCUAUCUUUGAGGAGAGCAUACCGAUCGAAGAUCUGCAUCUUGGAGGAAAUUCAAGCUAAUUAUGGUUAUCCGCAAAUUGGACCGCUCCUGUAGCAAUCUCUGCCAGAUGCAGAUCGCAGUGAAUUUUCAAAGUCUUUCCAAUCCGCCGAUGGCCCAAAGAAAGGAAAGCGUGCCGCUAAUUCACCUCCCCAAACUUCCCAACAUCCGAUGGAACCGCAAUAUUCUUGCGCUCGGCGAACUCUUUCCAAUCAUAAAUGGGCUGAUUCCAAGUCUGCGAUGUGACCAUUACCUCCCCCCUCACACGACUCUUGCCAAACGGUCUCCUCUUGGAUUAGACCGCCGUGAGUACAUUGCCUCCGUCGCCUCGCACGCAAGUCUCAAGGCAGCUGGCAAACCAGGGCGGGACGCUGGGGAUUUGGCAAUUUCUGAUAGCAAGGGCAGGCCGGAGAGAAGCGAGAGGCUCAAGAGCAAACGUGCACUUUUCUACACCUCCAGUGUCGUGAUACUCCUCACCAUCCGAGUCAUAGUAAACCAUCUCUCCUUAUAGGCGUAGGGUGCGGAUUUCCCUCUAUAUUAGUCUCAGACUAGACGUUGGUGUUUUUGCCCAUUAGGUCACAGUUGCUUGUCAAGUCGAAUUCUGAACAGGAAA